AAUAAAAAGAAAUGAAAAACUAUUAGCAAGAAGCAAAAAACCGAAGCGCAGCUCGGUAAAAAGCAACGCAAGUGAGAAAGGGAUAGCAGCUGUUUUUGCUGUCGGCAUCGCCUUUGAGGCUCUAAGGACAAUGGUUCAAGUGCAAAGAGGAUGCCGCGCCAAACGGAGAGUGCAACACCGACACAGGGACAAGGACAGGGACUGGGAGAGGCAGCAGCGGCAAACAGGAAACAGGGAGACAGUGCAAGGACGCGCAUUUGCUUUUCGCCGCUUUUGGCCUGUGUGUGUUGCAACACGAUGCGCUCAAAAGGUGCAGCAAAAGGAAAUACUUCUCUUCAUUGAACCUGGUCGCACUCCACUGCACAAAGGAAAAACGAAUUUCACAACAAUCGUAAAUGGGGAGAAAAUGUGGAAUACUCACGGCUCACAUAUAAGCCAAUAUCAAAUUAUAAUCAAAUAAUGAGAAAUGGUGCAUACUUACAUAUGGACCAUUAACAGAAAC